AGGGUGAUUGGAUGGAAAGUGGGGGCUUAGCUAGCCUGCCUGUGGCUCAGAGUCUAAUCUACGACGGGUCAUUGUUUAUUCCCUAAAUCUUCUUCCUACAUUUGCUCCUCCGGUUUUUACGAGCUUUCUUUUGGGGCAUUUCAGGAAUCAAACAUGUCGCAUCCAUCACAAGUCAGAGGAAGAUGGAGGCUGACAGGGAAGUUGCGAGGGAUUUGACAAGAACAGGUCAGUCAGUGUCGUAAAACCGUGUGGAUCGUACCGCAUCACAGUCAGAUAAGUCGGGCAUGCAACGGCAAGCAACUGGACGUGUCUCUCAUAAUGCUGAGGGGGUUUAAUUUUAAAGGUGAUCCGGAUGUGAUUGCAGAUGGAAUAUAUUCAAACAAGCUGGAUAAAAAGAGCACAGAAACUUCUGAUAAUGUCAAUGAACCUGGGUUCUUGAAGUACAGAGAGUUAUUACCGAGAUAGGACACAAUGCAAUCCUUACAGUCGUCAGUGAUCAAUAUACACUACUGUGGCUGUGGUUAGCAUUCAAGAAUUAAAAAGGUCUGAGAAAGGAGAAGCGGCAAGUGUUGUAAAGACAGAGCGAAAUAGACUUUAAAGCCACUGAAGCCUCCUUUCUUUUUGCUCAACGAGAUCUGGCUCCCAAGGAAUGGCCCGUGCUGAGACGAAUCUUUCAACUCUGUUCCACACGACACUGGUCCUCUUAUGCCUACGCAUGGUUGCAGGUAUGUCCGGCUGGUCUGAAUGUUCGGAUGGCCAGGACGUGUUUGCGAAAAUCAAAGAAAACAGCCACUAUGGGGAUAUUGUUGCUGAGUUCGAGGCGAACCCCGACCUGAAAGGGGUUCGGUGGAGUCUGUCUGGAAGGGAUGCUCACUGGUUCUACUUAGACGGAAGAAACAUCCGGCUGAACACGUCACUUGAAAGGAUCCUUGAUAGAGAGAAUCUUGGUCCAAUCUUAAUGGCGGAGCUGUCAUGUUAUGAGGAAGACUUGUUUCAGACUGUUUACAGAAUCAUGGUGGAGAUUCUCAAUGAGAACGAUAAUUUGCCCAUGUUUUCAGAGACGAGUGCUCAGUCGUUUACUUUGAGCGAGCUGACUCCAGUAAAUACUGUGGCUUUUAGCGUGCAAGCCUUGGACGCUGAUAAUGAUAAGAUCCUUUAUUCAAUUGACCAAACAUCCCCUGAUGCCGAGUACUUCCGGAUUGAUCUGCCAAACAGUGGGGAGGUGAUCCUUUCCAAACCUCUGGACUACGAGACCAAAACUCAGCUCACCGUCACCAUCUGUGCUUCUGAAAUGAACACUGCUGAGCACUACAACAUCAGCACCAACAUCACCAUCACGGUCCAAGAUGGAGACGACCAGUACCCACAGUUCCUGCCAUGUGUCCUGCUAUUCCAGGAUGAGACCAGUAGAAUUUGCACCAGCCCUGUGUACAUGGUCAAUGUCACCGAGGGAGAGGAGGAUAUUGUGCUGGAGUUUUCUCCGGGACCCAUUCAUGCGGUGGAUGGAGAUAGAGGCCUCAGUUCUUCCAUCAGCUAUGCCAUUCUCUCUGAAGAUGAAGACGGGCAUUUCAGUAUCAACAGAGAAACCGGUGAGCUGAGACUGACGAAGGGCGUGAAAGACAGACUUGUAAAUCCAGUGCUGCGUCUUCAGGUCAUGGCAUACCAGGACGAUGAUCCCAGGAAGUACUCUGUUGCGACAGUGUUGGUCCGCGUUCUGGCCGUGAACCAGUUUCAUCCGGAGUUUGAGCUGCCUGAAUACUGUGGUUUCGUUACCGCUGGAAAGAGCGCAGCCUCUCUGGUCAAUACGUACGACAACAGAGCGCUGAUUUUAAAUGUCCGGGACCAAGACUUUGCUAAUGGCUUCAAUCCAAUGAUCUACUUUACCUUUGGUGCUGCAUCCAACCACUCUGACAUCUAUCAAGUCACACACGGGGGGCUCCUGAUCGCAAGGACCAGUCGUCUCAAGCCGCAGCAGAAGCACAUUCUGGAGGUCACAGCUGUAGACCAAGAAUCCGGUGACUCUACUUGUGCUACUGUAGUGGUGGAAGUGUUACCUGAAGGACAACCAAUCCCUCGCACUCCUUCAGGAAACGAACGCCUGACAGGUUGCACCGUGGGCAAAGCGCUUUUCCUCACUAUGGUGUUCAUGGGUGCGUUUGGAUGUGUCUUGUCCAUGCUGAUGUGGCUAAAGAGGAAACAUAAAGGAAUGAGAGACCCGCUGGAGAGAGGCUGCGUGGCCCAGGGCAAACACCCUAAUGUGAAUUUACGUUGGUUCCAACUGGUGAAUCAUCGUACCGCUAUGCUGCACAUGGAGGAGGCAUCCUUCCAAAAUGAGGAAUAUGGUACCUGCAAUCCAUCCUUUAGCUUCCGAGACAAACCAGGCAUUAACGCCACAAAGGACAUUCCCCUCAACCCAGGACCAUCCUCACCCAGAACACCUGCUGCUACAGAGACCAACCCCACCCCCACUUACGAAAGCGUUCAAAGCCCCGUGAUCCUAAAUAACAAUGUUUCUACACCAACUAAAACUUCCUGUAGCUCACCUGACUGUCACCCGGCCGAGGAGGAUCCGAGCCCUACCCAUGUGGCAGAUGCCGGCAGGCUACCUGAGGAAAAUGCUGUUUUACCACAGGAUGUGGCCCCAGACCUUUCUGAAGAACAGACAAACACGGGUCUAGAACCAGCCACUGAGCACGACACCAAGCCUUCUCCUUUAAACGAGCAAGAUCUACAGACAACCACGUCCAACAACCUCGAGUCAGCCCGCAGCCCCUCUCCUCCGUCUGGCGGUGAACUGACUUCAGCAGAAAUGGACACCUCAAUCCCAAAAGCUAAUGAGCAGACCCUCUCGCAUUCACCAGCACUGUCCCCACUGCCGGCCAGAGAAACAGGAACCCCACCUCCCACCCCGGAGCACGGCCCUUUAAAAGCCACUUUGGUGCAUAUCGACACGACCCCUACGGACACCCCUCCCGAAUCGCCAGCGGGAUCAGGACCGACUCUUAUUGCUGAGGCAGACCAACCUUUCACCUCCCUGGAUCAUGUAGAACCUUCAGAGUCAGGAGGAGGGCCGGUGGACUUUGAAAGCCCAUCUCUGGACAGGAGAACCUCGACAAACUCAGGAAAUACCCCCAACAGUCGUGAGGGUGAGGAUGAGGAUGAGGAGGGCUUUCUUGGUGACGAUGAUGUGGACAGAAACAGUGAAGACACUGAGAGCGACCGGACAGAGUACAGAAGAUGGAGCAGUUAAAAUAAACAUGGAUGGCUAAGAGCUGAGACGACACCGAGCAAGAAAGAAACACUGGACUGGUUCUGCUGAGGCGUGGAUGAGGAGGCACUCUUGCGCAUGUGAGAGAACAUGUCAAUACAAGAAGAAGAAAAGAACAUUCAGCAACACACAACCAAGUUGAGAAUACCCACAAUGCUGAGUCCACGGAUCACAGUUGGUUUAGAUAGGACAUACGAAUGAAAACUCAUUGCAGUUGACAUCAGUUAUUCAAAUAAAUAUCAUUCGUUGAUUGUGA